AGACUGACACACAUCCCAACGUGACAUGUUGGAAGAAGUAUGGCCGGCAACGGCAUAUUAUAAAAUUUAAUUGUCGGUUUCGUAGUCAUGUAGGACUAUGAGUGGACAAUGUGAAGCAGGUAACCAUUUUGACGUUUUUCAAUCUCCAUAAGAAACCAGAAUCUGUCAACAACUUGGUGACGGUUUUGCAAUGGCGGACUCAAGAUCACAAACAGUUUCUCAAUCACAGGCGUCUAGCGCCGGCCAUCAACCGAGGAAGAGAUUAUGGCGCCCUUUCAUUACUGUUUUAUUCACGAUGUUCCCCGUAGUGGCGGCUAUGCUUGUGUACCAGCUCGAUUCUUUCGAUCCUGCUCCACUACCUAUCCACGAGCUGGGUCAGGCACCCGUGGUCGUCUCGUUGCCCAAUGAUCGCAUGCUCCAAGGCGCGGAGUUGUUGGGAGUUGGGGAGUUACAAGGACCAGAAGAUAUCGCGUAUGAUCCCACGGCGAACGUCGUUUACACGGGUUGUCACGAUGGGUGGAUCAAGCGAGUCAGGUUCAGUGACUCGGUCGUGGAAAAUUUUGUUAACACCCAUGGUAGACCUCUAGGUCUCGCUCUUGGUCACAACAAGGAAAUAAUCGUUGCUGAUACAUAUAAGGGACUACUGAAUAUAAGCAAGGAUGGUGAAGUGGAGCUGCUAACAGAUGAAGCUGAUGGCCAUAAAUUCAAGCUUACAGAUGGUGUAGAUAUUGCAGAUAAUGGAAUGAUAUAUUUCACAGACGCUUCCUACAAAUAUAACUUAAAUGAAGAUAUAUGGGAUAUCUUGGAAGGCAAACCUCAUGGUCGAUUUAUGAGCUUCGAUCCGGUUACGAGAAAAACCGAUGUGCUAGUCAGUCAUCUAUACUUUGCUAAUGGAGUCGCAGUGUCACCUAAUCAAGAUCAUGCAAUCUUCUGUGAAACCGUUAUGAGAAGGUGCAGAAAGUAUUACAUAAAGGGGAGCAAACAGGGAGGCCUGGAGACAUUUAUUGAUGAUUUACCAGGCUUUCCUGAUAAUAUUAAAUAUGAUGGUGAUGGGCAUUACUGGAUUGCAUUACCAUCGGCAAAUUCUGUUCCUUUGGAUAUUGCGUUUAGGUAUCCUUUCAUUCGAAAGGUUAUGGCGAUCGCGAUGAAGUAUAUCGGACGAUUACCUACGGAGAAAGAUGCGGGUGUCUUGGUAGUUGAUUUGGAAGGGAAGCCGGUUGCUCACUACCAUGAUCAUAGAUUAUCUAUGAUUACAAGCGGAAUGAAAAUCGGAAAUCGGGUUUACUGUGGUUCCGUUCGGCACCCGCAUAUUCUCAAACUUGACCUGGCAAAAGAAAAUUUGUGGCUUUCUUCUACUAUCACAAUGCAAUGAGCCAUUGAAUAAUAAUGAAAAAAACUUUUGAGAAACUUUGUAUCUUUGGGGUUAGUACAUUAUCAUUUGUUGCUUAAGAGAGGCUCCCAAGGGCCUUUGCUUUUUCUCUCAAUAUAUAUUUUUGUAUCUUUCCAG